UUAUUUCAUCACAUCAUGAGAUGUAAUCUUCAAAAUUUAAAUAAGUUGUGCUUAUGAAAACUUAACUUGUGUUCUGGUUUUAUUAUCAUUAUUACUGAAUGCUGGGUGUUGUAGAUGAUGUUUUACUGAUGCAUUAUUAUCGGUUUCCAGGUGUUUGUUGUUCUCAGGCUGGAAAGGGUCUCUCUGGUCUCGGUUUCUCUUUCAGUUCGAGUGGGUUUUCUGGUCCAGCAGAGGAAAUGACUCAGGCUUCUGCUCUAGUUUUAAUAAGUAUGUUUAAGUAAGUAUGAGUAUCAUUUUGAGGCGUGGGCGUGUCUGAUGUGAGAAUAUAAGCGUGCGUACCGCGAGCAUCAAUGAAGCCUGACAGCAGCGCGCGCGAUGUUUCUCUUCACUGUAUUGCUUUUGCCGGUUCUGUCUGGAGCCGGAGUGGCGGCGAAUGGACACACUUACCGGCGCACGGAUCCGGUCACCGGACAGCAGCUGCAGUGUAAAAGGUGUCCGCCGGGAACCCGCCUGGGCGCGCACUGCACAAGCUCCCGCGAGACGGACUGCGUGCCGUGCGGCCAGGGUCUGUUCACGGAGUUCUGGAACUACAUCCCGGACUGCCUGCGGUGCGACGCGUGCUUCGAUCACCAGCGGGUCGUUCGGCCGUGUAACGGAACCGUGAACACAGUCUGCGAAUGUGAGGCCGGAUUCUACUGGGAUCAGCACUUCUGCAGGAGACACAGCGAGUGCAAACCGGGUCACGGAGUCAAAGCUUCAGGGACGCCACACAGAGACACAGUGUGUGAGAUCUGUCCAGACGGACACUUCGCAGAUGUCAGAAAGACGAAUGCAGGAUGUGUUACUCACAGUGCCUGCAAGACUGAUGAACAGCUGGUGCUUCCCGGAUCCAGGUGGCACGAUAAUGUGUGUGCAAGCUGUGACCAUCUCACACUAAAAGAAUUGGUGGAUUUAUUUCAGCCGGUUCUGUCCGGUCUGCAGAUUCAGUAUGGGGCUCCCACUGAGCGUCUGCAGAAGUUAGUGUGCCGCCGUCUGCGCAGGAAGAGGAAUGGCAAGCGAGCUGCGCUGCUGAGGGCCGAGGGUCCAGUGCAGCAGCUCCAGCUCUGGAACGACGGGACGUCAGAGGAGGCACCGCUGAACCUGCCGGAUAUCCUGGAGGAAUCGCACCUGAAUCUCCUCGCGGACAAAAUCGCACGCAAAAUCCUGCGAUUCCAGCAUCGCUGCAGUGGCCCUGCACUGCUAACAUUAUGACAGAAGAAACCUGUUCACACUGCACUGAAACACACAGCGAUUUGCAUUUGAUACUGUCUCACCUGCUUUAUAGAAUGUAGAAGUGCAUCAGAUUUUGUCCUGACCGUUAACUACUUUGACAGCUGGAUUAGUUUAAGGUUCCAGUGAGGGAUGUGUGACGCUCAGAUUGUUCUCAUGCACUUUACAGUCUAUCCUGCUAAUAAAUUUCACAUGCUGUAUUGUACUAGACUCCACUAUUUUGUAAAUAUUACAGAUUAUUAUUUUUAUUUGUAUUGGUUUUGCAUUGAAACAUUUUACUCUAUUUAUUGACUAAACUGUACCAUACUUAAAACAGCUCAUUAAACAGUGAAAAGAG